UGUGACGUCACAAAGACCCUGCCAUGCCUCUGGCCUCGGCCCUCCUGCUGCUGUUGGGCCUGAGCGCCCACGGAGGCUGGGGCUGCCUGCAGUGUGACCGCUCAGUGCAGGAGGCCCUGAGACAGCUGCACUCCGCCCUCAUCCCCAAUCGCUUCCAUUUCCAGCAGCUGCUGGAGCGUGCCCAGGCCGUGAUCCUGGGCAUGGAGGGGCCUUUCUUCCGGGACUACGCUCUGAACGCGUUUGUGGGGAAAGUGGGGAUAGAUCACCUGGAUCAUGUGACGGCCUUUAUCAAGAACCAGACAAGCCACUUAAUGGUUAAUUCUCUAAGAGAUGGGCCUCUGCUGGAGGAGCUGGUGGCUGUCAGGGAGAGAGUGAUCAAGGAACUCAAGAAAGGUUUAAAAUCGUAUGAACAGAAAGCCUGCCAUCGCAAAAUUUGCCGCUUGCUAAGAGAAGAAGUCUUAGACUGUUUACAUUGCCAGAAGAUCAGUCCCAGGUGCAUUAAAAAAAAGUACUGUUUUGUUGACGCGCAGCCCCGAGUGGCUCUGCAGUACCAGAAGGAGGAGGAGAGCCUGCAGGAUAGAGGUGCCAUCAUUUCCAUUUUUCUCGCUCUUCUUUCCUUCGGGGUCAUCGUGGCUGCGGCUAUCACGUACAGGCAAAACCGAAAACUCCUGCUGCAGUAGGGCGGUGGUUUGGGGUCUGUAAGGGGAAAGGAAAAGAAGUUUAAU